AAUAAAAUUCCUACUUUCUUCCACUACACCUGGUGUCAGAGAUUGGCUUGCUGUACAACAGGAGUCGACGUGUGCAGAAGUCCUGCUAGUCUGGUCCUUGUUCCCGUCUGGGUACCAGCUUCCUUCAGCAGCGCGUACGGUGGGGCCUGAGGCCAGGGGAAAGAGAAGGAGUCAAGUUGCUGAAAUUUUGCAGGUCUGCAGGAAAUAAUGACCCUUGGGAAAGGAACUAGGGGUCCCGGGAGAAGGACAAAGAGACCUGUGAUAGUUUAAAAAUCAUCAUCCUCUGCUGCCUCAGACAGCUUUCCCAACGCCUACCCUCCCCCCCAACCCCCGCCUCAGUCUUAGAGAUAGUUUGGAAAUAAUCUGCUUUUCCUACUCCCUGUGUGAUGGGAAAUUCGAGCUGUCUUGCAUUGUGGAGAGGGGGAGAACUGGGGUAAACAAAAGGUCUGUCGUUCAUAGCACUGCACAAAGCUGAAAAAGGUGAGGAAGAAACUGACCACAUCAGUACAGAAGUAAUUGCCUUUAAAGGGGAAUAAGCAGAAAGGAAGGAAGAGAGACAGACACAAGAUGAAACCCUGUCAAAAAAUUGAAGGAAGACCAGAAAAUGAGAGUGAACCAAAGACUGAGGAAGAGCCAAAGCCUGAGGAAAAGCCAGAGGAGGAGGAAGAGCCAGAGGAGGAGGAGAAAACAGAAGGAACUUUUAGAGAAAGGCUGAUUCAAUCUCUCCAGGAAUUUAAAGAAGAUAUACACAACAGGCAUUUAAGCAAGGAAGAUAUGUUUAGAGAAGUAAAUGAAAUAGACGAGAUAAGGAGAGUAAGAAACAAACUUAUAGUGAUGCGUUGGAAGGUUAAUCGAAACCAUCCUUACCCCUAUUUAAUGUAGUUUACCUUGAUCUUUACUUUUUCUGAUAUAACAUUGCCAUAUAGCUUUCUUUUGAUUUGCAUUUUCCUGAUACACCUUUGUCCAUCUUUAUACCUUUAACUUGUUGCUGUUAGUGGUUUUAGAUGCAUCUCUUGUUAUCUGCUUCUCUAUCACAUUUUGAACCAAUCUACAAAUCUCUGCCUUUUAAUAGGAGAGCUUUACUCAUUUUUACAAAAAGAGGUUCUUGAUAGGAUAUAAAAUGAAAAAAGGUUACCAAGUAAUUUGUGAAUAUCGUAUUUUUGAAAGGGAAUAUUACAUUUGUAUAUUACAUAUAUGCACAGAAAACACAUGAAGGAUGAAAGACAAAAAAUACAGUCAGGAGUAGGAUUUUGAGUGAUUUUUUUAUUCUGCUUAUUUGUAUUUUUCCUUAUUCCUAUAAUGUACACACAUUAUUGUUAAAAUAAUAAAAGUUUUAUAACAAAAAAGAAGUAA